AGCAGCAUCUCCAGGCGCUGCCUUGAGAACCAGACCAAAACAGUUAUGUGCACCCCGCCAGCUGAACACAGUACCAGCAGUCUGCAGAACAUUGAUGUUUGAAUCAGCUGGAGCAGCAGAGGAGUUGCAGCGGUUAAAAGAGAAGCUGAAGGAGAAGGAGGAGCAGGUUCAGCAGGCUGCCCAGGCAGGUCUCAAUCUACUGAACCAACAGAUGGAACUGCAGACCAAACUGGAAGAGCAGAGGGCAGAAAUGACAAAUGUUAUCGAGGCUUUGGAGCAAGACAAGUAUUCUUUGCAGACGGAGUUGAAGCUGAAGACUCGGAUGCUGGAGUCCCUGCAGUCAGACUAUGACUGUGUUAAAAACCAGCAGAAAGAGCAGCUCCAACAGCAAGAAGAGCAUCUGGAAAGGAGUCACAACAUGCAAGUGAACGAUUUAAAGAACAAGGUGAUGAGUUUGCAGUCAGAACUCGAGGAGUGCCAGUUGAAUGAGAAAUUCCUCAAACAUGAACUGGAGAUCCAAACUGAGACCUUAAACCAAAAGAUGGAGGAGCUGAGAGCGCUGAAUGAGAAAACACAGGACACGAUGUCCUCUGAAGUGAUGGAGCUGCAGUUGAAGAGCAUGGAGUUGGAGAACGCUAAGGUGGAUCUGGAACACUCGCUACGGGAAGCCCAGCACAGAGAGCAGUAUCUGGAGCUAACCACCACUGGUCUGAAGCGCCAGCUUCAGCGAACGAAAGAGGAGAUGGAGGAGCGACAGAGAGAAGCUGUGUCCUGGUUUAACGCAUUAGAGAAAUCCCGUGAGGUGAACCAAGACUUGCAGAUCCAGUUGGACCAGGUUCUUCAGCAAGCCCAAGACCCCAACAGCAAGGGAAACUCUCUGUUCGCUGAGCUAGAGGACAAACGGGCUGAGAUGGAAAGGCAGCUCAUUAGUAUGAAGGUCCAGUACCAGUCUCUCCAGAAACAGCAUGCCUUCAGCAAGCAGCAACUACACAGCAUGAAGGUCCAGAUAGCCACUCUGAUGCAGCUGCAGGGGUCUCGAGCUGAUCCUGCUCAGCUGGAAAGACUUCAGUCCAUGCUGUCAGAAAAGAAUGGAGAGAUCCAGAACCUCAUGACCAAACUACAGAAUCAGGAGAAAGUGGUGAUGAUGUUGAAGUCCCAGCCUUCUUGUCCUCCUCCCGGUGACAGAGAAGACAUACAAGAUGAAACAUACUACACUGACCUGCUCAGAAUGAAGCUCAACAACUCUGUUAAGGAUGCAGAGCGUCUAGGAGAUGAGCUGUCCCUCCAAAGGAUGAAGUCUUUGUCUGAGAGCCAAAGAGCUUUAGAACUAGAGAGGAAAUUAUUCUUAGCAGAACGGCUGUCCAAACAGGCUCAGAGUGAAAAGAUUAAACUGCAGCUACAAAUCGAGGAGCUAAAACAUAAAUACGAAGUCAAUGAGAUUACUAAGAACAGCACCCUCAAGAGAAAAAGGGAGAAGCUUCCUGGCGACAUAAUACAUUCUUCUGAGGCUACCAUGGCUACUAAGAGUACACUGGAGAUAAAUCUGGCACAUUGCAGGACAGCUGAGACCAAAGCCGACGGCCAACACAUCCCUAAUAACCAACCAGAUGCAGUCCCACACCAGCACAACAGCCCUAUAAAACCUCUCUCCAUUAAAGAGGCUCUGCUGCCUGACCACCAGCCAGCCAUGGCUGUUGCAGACUGUGAAGAGCCUCCAGUUAAAAAGCCCAGCGCCCCCCUACAGUCUCCUGUGACUAACAAUGACGAAAACAAGAGAGGGGACAAGUGGCGGAAGAAGGAGCAACACAAGACAAUGGAGAACACGAAGACAGAGGUGGAGGAGAGAGUGGGGAGGGGGGGAGGGGGGAGAAAGCAGAGAACAGAAGAGAUGAUCCAUGUUAGUGGUAAGAAUAGUAUGGAGAGCCAGUGUGCUCAGCAGUAG